AUGCCAUAUCCUCCCGGAACCGUGCCUCCUCCAAUAGAUAGUCAUGUGGCCACCAUAUCAGGAGGGCUGCAUCUAGGAGCACCGUCCCGGAAUGAUCAGAAACGAUACCUCAGCGAACUCGACCAUGACCACGAGGUAUGCGCCUUGGUCCAAACUCCGGCCCAAUGCCCGAAGUUGAUGAAUUUUCCCAUCACUUUUACGGAAGACAAUGCCCAGAAUGUCUACUUCCCGCAUCAUGAUCCCUUGGUCAUCGAUGCCCAAAUUGGCAACAAAAUGGUAUCUAGAGUAUUGGUAGAUGACAGGAGCUCCGUCAAUGUGUUGUUCAAGCCAGCCUUCACCGCAAUCGGCUUGACUGAGGCAUAUCUGGCCUCAUGUGCAACGCAGAUCUAUGGCUUCAAUGGGGACUCAAUUCUCCCGAUGGGGAAGAUUCAACUGCCCGUAACUUUGGGGAACAAGAUUCAGGGCUCGUUCAAGUUUUGCAUGUUUGUAGUGGUGGAUUGCUUUACUGCUUACAACGUUAUCUUUAGUUGUCCCGCACUGGUCGACUUCGGUGCCAUCACCUCCAUCUGCCACCUCUGCAUGAAAUUCCCAUGCGAUAAUGGAGGGGUGGGAACUGUCCGAGGAGAUCAGAAGAGCGCCCAGAAGUGCUAUCACAUCUCUGCCCGACCAAUUUACAUGGUCUGUAAAGAGCCUCUCGAAGAGGAAAAUGAUGAUCCGAUUCCACCCCCGCCACCAGCAUGGAGGGUGAUCCGGGAAGAAGAUGAAUUGGAUCUGCGAAUAGGAGCGGACAAGGCAUUAGAACCCAUGGAGGAGGUAGAAGAGGUGUGCAUUAGUGGCAGUGACUCGACCAGAGUUAUACAGGUCGGAAGAAACCUGAAUUUAGAGGUCAAGGCUGCCAUUAUUGCCCGGAAGCAAAAACCUCUAGGGGAGGAGAGGGCAAAGGCCCUCAGAUUAGAAGUUGAGAAGUUGUCCUUAAUCAACUUCAUCCAGGAGGCUUUGUAUCCCAUUUUGCUAGUCAAUCCAGUGUUGGUACCAAAGCCGAACGAGACAUGGAGAACUUGCAUCGACUUCACCGACCUUAACAAGGCUUGUCUAAAGGAUUGUUUCCCUCUACCCCGGAUCGACCAGACAGUAGAUGCAAAGUCAGAGUAUGAAAUAUUGAGUUUCAUGGAUGCCUACUCCAGUUACAACCAGAUCUCAAUGCACGUAGUGGACCAGAAAUACACCAGCUUCUAG